GUGUGACAGAUAACGGUUCGAUUCAGGGCGUUCUCUUCACGGGCCUGAUAGGUGGCUCGCCUAACUCUUGCAGCCAGCCUCGGUACGGUUGGAAGUAGUUGUGAGGAGAAUUGCCCGAUUGGUCUCGAGUAAGCCCAAGGCUGAGGUUCGCUUUCACUAUGAGAAUGAGUAUGAGGAUGAAUGGCUUUAAAUCAUUCAUCGUGCACCCUCUCAAUCAGAAUCAAGACGACCAUGGAUAUUGUAUCGUUCGCAUUCAAUGGUCCGGUCGAGUACGACCAGACCCGACCUCUGUACAUCGACGCUCGAGAUCCCUCGCGCAGUCUGAAUGCUCAACAAUUCAAGCAUCUCGUUCAGACUCUAGUAGCCGGAUUGAAGCGCCAUGUUCAGCCAGGCGAUGCGGUGCUGGUCCAUCUAGGGAACAGCUUCAUCCACUCCGCCCUAUUCUUCAGCAUCGUGGGAGCAGGGAAUGUCUACAUCGGCGCGGGACCGGACAGCCCAGCGCAUGAGCUGGACAACGUGGUGCAAGCAGGCGAACCGAAACUGAUAUUGACGAGCAGCGCCACGCUCCAGAGGGUGCUGGAGGUGGCCACCGGACGAAGCAUCCCAGCGAACCAGAUCUGCGUGAUCUCAGAGGAAACCAUCCUCAGCUUCCUACAGUCCCCCGACACCCUCACCAUCCCCACCACCACCACAGAAACCCCCACCGAACUAAUACCACUAACCACACUCCUCACCCACGGCACCAGCCCCUGGACAACCCUCACAGCAGAGGAAGCAGACGCUACCCCCGCCUCGAUGUUCUGCACCAGCGGAACAAGCGGACUUCCGAAAGCAGCUAUACUCUCGCACCGCAAUAUGAUAACACACCACAGCAGCAGCCACUACGCGCCAUCGUAUGCCGCAACGAGACGACUGAUCGCGAUCCCAGUGCACCACCUGUACGGCGCGGUAUGGACGCACAUCUUCCCGAUCCGAUACGGCUCACCGGUGUACCUGCUGCCGCGGUUCGAGAUCCACGCCUUCCUGCAAGCGACGCACAGGUACCAGAUCACGAACACCUAUCUGGUACCAGCGAUGGUACACAUCCUCAACCAGGCCCCAGCGCACCUAGACCUACCGCACCAUCUGGCCUCGGUGCGGUACAUGCUCGUCUCCGCGGCCCCCAUCGACGUCCCCGCGCUCGAAACCCUGCAGGCCUCGCUCCCCCACCCCGAAGCCCUAGUAACCCAGAACUGGGGCAUGACAGAAACAGGCCUAGUCUUCCUGUCGCCGUACACCGACAAGACGCACGACAAAGCGAGCAUCGGGCGGGUGCGUGGCGAAGGCGUGGAAGUGCAGCUCGUGGAGAGCAGCAGCGGGAGCAUCAUCGCGGAGGACGAUAGGGCUGGGGAGAUGUGGAUCCGCGGGCCUGGGAUCUUCAUGGAGUAUAAGCGUAUGCCCAGUGACAAGGAACCCGGGGGCUGGUUUCGAACGGGCGAUAUGGUCUUCCGUCGACGGGGGCUGUAUUACCUCGUCGGGCGGGUGAAGGAGAUUAUCAAGGUCCGCGGCUACUCCGUCGCCCCGGCGGAGAUCGAAGACGUGCUGGUCCAGCACCCUGGUAUCAAGGAUGCGGCCGUGCUCGGGGUGCAUGCCCGCGACGGGAGCGGGACGGAGGUGCCGCGGGCGUUUGUUGUAAAGACAACAACAGUCACGGAAGACGAGGUGUACGGGUUUGUGGCUGCGCGGUUGGCGAGGUACAAGGCGCUGGAUGGUGGGGUGGUGUUUGUGAGCGCAAUCCCGCGCACGGCGACGGGAAAGAUCCAACGUGCCAGGUUGGGGCUGAUGAAUGCGCAGAGGGAGAAGAUUGCGAAGAUCCUGGGGGUGGGGAAGGUUGGUGUGAGCGUUGCGGCGUAGGCUUUGGGUCUGCAGGUAGGUGGGGUUUUGGAUGGAGUGUAUAUGUGUAUCUGUAUGUGUAUACUGGCUUGAUGUGUUGCUGGCUUUUAUCUUGUCUG